AUGGUGGCGGGGGCGGCCCGGCCUGCUAGGACGGGCUUUGAGGCUGGCGUGUUUGCAGCUGCGGGCGCAGCGGCUUGCGCUGCAGCGGCUCUGGCGUUCUUUGUGCUCCUGGCAUUUGCCUGCUUGUGCGGCUGCUUCUGCGGCGGCGCCUGCGCGAUGUCGACGGCGCGCAUGCCUGCGGCGCGGCGGCUGCGGUCUCGUUGGUGUGCGCGCGUGGGCGGCGGCGGGGCGGCCGCGGCGCGCGUCCGGCGAAUCGCGGCCCCGGCCGCCAUCCGCGGCACGCUGGGGCGCGUGCGGCUGCGGGGCGUGUGCUAG